UUACUGCCUCCCUAUCCAGUAUUAAUGUAAACCAAAAUAUCAGCAACCUGCAGGACUGAACGGCAUUGGCUUAUAGGAGCACUACUUGAACAUUAUUCUCCUUCUCUAUUUAUUGGCCAUGUAGUUGUAUUUGUACAGCAUAUCAUAUGAUCUAUAGAAGCAAAGCUCUCCGUUUGUAUCCAAACCAAAAAAUGCUUGGUUGUCUGCAACUAAUUGCUAGUUUUGCGGCAUUUCUCUUUCUCGUUUUUCAUUUCCAUCGAAGGCGAUAUUGGCGAGACCUGCUCUUUCCAGAUUGGCCUCUGAUAGGAAUGCUGCCGUCAUUUCUCAAAAAUUUGGGGCAGACUUAUGACUACACAACUGAAGUUCUGCAAAGAAAAGGAGGCACUGGUAAUUUCCUCGGACCCUGGUUUACUGGAAUGAACUAUUUGGUGACCUGUGACCCCAUGAACGUACAUCGCAUUAUGAGCAAGAAUUUCGCCAACUACAUUAAAGGGCAUGACCUUCGCGAGGUUCUGGAUGCUUUUGGUGAUUCUAUUUUUACUGUAGAUUCAGAUGCAUGGAAACACUACAGGGCACUUCAGCACUCAGUUUUCAAAGCAAAAUGCUUCGAGAAGUUUCGGGAGAAGAUUGUUCGAGAGAAGGUGGAGAGUUGUUUGAUUCCUCUUCUUGAUCAAGUCGAGAAGCGAGGAGUUGAAUUGGAUCUGCAAGACGUGUUUGGUCGCUUCAACUUUGACGCUGUCUGCUCUAUAGUCUUAGGAUUUGAUCCAAAAAGCCUCGCACUAGAUUUCCAAGAAGUUGCAUGCAUAAGAGCCUUUGAUGAAGUAGGAGAGUGCACAUUUUACAGACAAACAAUACCUAAAAGCGUGUGGAAGCUUCAGAGAUGGCUUGGAAUCGGACCAGAGAAGAAGAUGGCCCGAGCAUGUGAAGUGUUUGAUCGAUUCCUCUAUGAAAGUAUAGCAUCAAAGAGAGAAAAGCUCCCAAAAAUCAACGGAAAUGAGAAGGAAGCCGAUGAUUUGCUAGCAUGUUUGAUGAGGGGGGACGAAGGAAAAGAUGAAGCGGAUGACAUGCUUCUGAGAGACACCGCUUUUAGUCUUCUUUUCGCAGGCAGAGAUACCAUAACUUCAGCUCUCACGUGGUUCUUUUGGCUUGUUGCUACACACCCUUCAGUAGAAGCAAAGAUUCAUGAAGAGAUCAAAGAAGAAAAGGAAGUGAAAGAUCAAGUAUAUCUCCAUGCUGCUUUGUGUGAAGGUUUGAGACUGUACCCUCCCGUACCUUCAGUUAUUAGGCAAACGAUCAAACAUGAUAUUCUUCCUAGUGGGCAUGAGGUCAGUCCUAGUACUAUGAUAAUGAUAUCUUUGUAUGCUAUGGGAAGGUGUGAAGAAAUAUGGGGAAAAGAUUGCUUGGAAUUCAAACCAGAAAGAUGGAUCUCAAGGAGAGGAGGUAUUGUUCACAUGCCAUCAUACAAAUUUAGUACUUUCAUUGCAGGCCCUAGGACAUGCUUGGGUAAAGACUUGUCUUUCACUCAAAUGAAGAUUAUGGCUUCUGCUAUCUUGUGUAACUAUCAAGUUCAUGUGGUGGAAGAUCAUCCUAUUUCUCCCACACUUUCAAUGGUGCUUCAAAUGAGUUAUGGUCUCAAGAUUCGGAUCUCAAAAAGACAUUGACCAGUAUAAUAUAAAAGUAGAAGGCGAACCAAGACAGCGAAGAGGAAGAAGAAGUUGGCAACAAAGACAGAAACUCGAUGGAAACCUCUCAGCCAUGCAAAAUAGCACGAUGAUAUAAAAGGAGAAUCAGCAACCAACUUGCUGUGGCUAGCGAACGGGAAUAAAGAUGAUGACAGCGGAUGAAGCACAAUAGCGAGAAAUCAACCCCUCGUGACAGUGAGCUACGGACGUAGAUAAGAGACCGAGAUAGACCGACUAUGAAUGUCUAGAAGAGUGUGUAUUGGUGGUGGGAAAAAAUAGAGAUGAGAUGCUUUUGCACGAAAAAAAUAGUUUUCUGAUCAAAAGAAGGGUUGGGAAAAUUUACAAAAAAAGGGCAUGUGAAAUCACAAGAAAAGUCACAAAAAUAUUACAAGCAAGGACAUGAGAUUUUUUUAAAAUUUUAAAACUAAUUUUAAUUUUUUUUAAAUUUAAAAUUUAGGGUCAUUACAAUCAUCUUCUUCUUCCUUGUCAUUAGACAUUGAAUCGGGAACCUCUAAACUAUCAUCAAACUUCAAAGUUGCCAGUAUUAAAAGUAGAAUUUAAAUUAAAAAAUUAGAUUAGUUGAAAUAUUAUUAUAUGAACGAAUAAAUUUAACCAUCAAAUGCCUAAUUAUUAUAAAUAAUUAGUGCCAUUGUUUAAAAUAUUAACCUAAUCAUGAAACAUCUGAAAAUAGAAACUCAUUAUACUUUCAACAGCGAUUUUUAUUAUUACUGCAAAUUGUUCACUUUCAACAACGACUUUUUGGAGUUGCCGGUGAAAGUUUUUUUUUUUUGGUAGUGUUAAGCCUCGUUCACUUUGUCUAAAAAUUUGUAUAUCCUAUCAUUUAUCACAUAAGCUUUUUUAUUUUUAUUUAUAAGUCACUUCCAAUAUUUUUAUUGAAAUUAAGAAAAGACU